AUGAAUCAUAUCAUAUACAAUAAAAACAAAAUAAACCUCAUAAUUAGCCACUCUUUAAAAAGUAAUGAAUACAAAAAGAAACUUAUAGUGAAAGAUAUACUGAUACCCCCAAAGUCUAUAAAUCAAUCUAUCAAGUAUCAUAAAAUAUAUCUAUCAGGCAAAUCAUCAUCCACCACAAAAAGAAAAUUCAGAGAAAAAAAGCAGCUCUUAUAG